GUGGACAAAGGGCCUCACUGUUUCGACCGCAUCCUCAACAGGCGUGGGAAGAGAGAGGCGAGGCGACGUCUGGCCCGACACCAAAGGCACGCGCCGUGAAGUCGCCUGUGCGCACCCCCUCCUCUCCCCCCUCUUCCAUCAGCACCCGGCAACUACCCUCUUGGAUCCGAGAGGAUGGAAGAUCAGUCAGCUGUCGAGCUCUGAGCAGAGUGGUUGGAUUUUUCUCUUCUCUUUCUUUUCAUCUUGGAUGUCCAUAUUGCAGCGGUCAGUGAUUUAAACCGUUUGCAUGUUAUUAUCGUGAGAUCGGACUCUUAGGUGUUCGGACCUUGUGGACAUUUGUUUGGUACCAGAUUUUUCAGGACUUUGUUUCGCUGUCAAUAAAAAUGAUGCAGAAAUUGCCAUUCGUCAGAAUAUUGGUUCUGGGAGCCCAAGAAGUUGGAAAGACCGCUGUGACGGUACGUUUCCUAACGCAGAGGUUUAUUGGAGAAUAUGAUUCACAAAAAGAUUUCGUAUACAGUUCCACAACGCCAGUCACUGGCUUUCCAGUUGAGGUUGAAAUAAUAGAUACCUCUAGAGAUCAAACUGACAAUAUUCCAGUCGAAAAGCUGCUCGAAAGUACAGCCUUUAUCGUCGUCUACAGCAUCUCUUCAAAAAGCAGUUUCCUAAUAGCCGCUGACUGCGUUCGAAAUCUUCAGUCUCGUGGCCAACCCAUUCUCUUAUUGGCAAACAAAAGAGACUUGGAACACAUUCGAGAAGUUUCCACCGAAGAAGGACAACAACUAGCUAGGGAGUUGGGUGGAGUCUAUUUUGCUGAGGUAUCUGCUGCCGAAAGCUAUCCGGAAGUCGUCGAUGCCUUCAGAAUGGUCCUCAGCGAUGCCUGCUCCAAGUCUCAUGUCAAUUCUUCGCCAACCAACACAACUUCUCGACGUAAGAAGUCUGUCGUGUCAGUCUCAAAGAUCAUCAGCGCUAUGUUUGGGCGAAGCAGCAGUGGCCUGGUCUCUGAUUCUCAUAACCAGAAGAAGAGACCAUCCUUAUCUUUAUGAGAAUCAGCCUCUGGAGAGUCGUCCUCCAAAGAUACCAACUAAGGUUCCUAGCUAUGGAUAGGUUGGUUUAGAGUGCAACUAAGUCAUGAAUAACGAACAAAAUAAGAUGUUUCAGCCUGUUUACGAAUGUGGACUGGAAAUGAAAAUGCCAUCUAUUGGACAUUCAAUUAACUACACGGUGAUAUGAUAAGAUGGUGAAUAUGAUUCUUGGAGUUCUACCACCGUAUACAAGUAUCCACUGGCCACUCGUUUUGUGCUUACUUUUAUACCAUAUUGGAAAAGAAAUAAUACUUAAAUGAACUAUGGACUCACUCAAUACAAAAUGAUACGUGAAAACUAUUCUUGCCAUCUGAAUGAAUGCGGAAAUAUACUUUCAUCUACUGAAUGGAAUUUAUGCAGACUGCUAUACGGGUUUCUAUCCUGACCUGAUGUUUACUUAAAACACACUUCAUGCUAGAUAGUUUUUAUCCUUUCUGAAAAAAAAUCAACCUUUCCAGUUUUAUAAAACUCUUUUUUUUUUUCCUUUUAUUUUUUGAGAAUUGAUGUUUUAUCUAAUCUUGAUAAAUUUAUUUAGCAUGAAUGCGAAUUGUUAGCAAAGAUUUUUUUAUUGUUCUUGGAAGUGAGCUUAUGUUAUGUUUCGUUAAUUUUCACUUUUCUUUCUGUAUGACACCUUUGUAAUAGAUUUCUAGAUAAAAAUAUUGUAGUCUACAAUUUAAUAAUACAAAAAAUAGUUAGUAAUGAAUGUUAUGUAUGUAGAUAGGUAAUAACUUCAUUGUUGAAGAAAAUUCUAUAAUCUUAGUAAAAACUAUAAAUACUUGAUUGAUAUGCCAUAGUCCAGGGCUUCUUAAAUUGUGAGUCAUGUCCCCCUGUUGAGUCGCAAAAAAGUACAUAAGUCACAAAAAUUCUAUCAGGAAAAACCUUUGGAAAAAAGAAUGGCUUGUAAACUGAUAGAAUUUCGAGAAAAUUCUAUCAGGGAAAACCAUUUGAAAAAAAGAAUGAUUUAUAAACUUUUAAACUUAACUUUCGUUUAAAUACAUAAACUUUUAAGUUGUUAUUGAAUAAUGUAUAAUUUUUUAAAAUUUAUUUUCUAAUUUUCUGGCAAAAAUAAGGGAUUACCUUUUGUAAUGAAAUCGGGAUCCUGCUGCAUUUUCAUCCCCCCCCCCAAAAAAAAGGUCACGAAUCGAAACAUUUUAGAAGCCCUGUUUGACAGAUAAUUAAUUAUAUUUCCAGAAUGUUUAAAAGACUUAUUUAAGAAUAAUUAAAAUAAUAUAGUGAUAGAAAUUAGUAAAAAUAUAAUAUAUAUGUCAAUUAUUACUUAGUCAAAAUACAAGAACUUUUAAAAACUCCUAUUUAACCAUAUGUUCAACUAUUUCCUGUUAAAGUGAUAACUAUUGUAGUGCUUCCAUAAUUUACAGUAAAUAUUUUCAAAUUAGAACAAUAAUUAGAAUAAGCUGAAUCUAUGUAUAACCUUUGAAAUUAAUUUUCUGUCAGCGAGUUUAUUGCAAAGUUGAUGCUUACAUGAAAUACUUGAUGUACUUUUAAAAUUCUUCUAGUACUUAGUGGUCAAUGGUACUUAUUGAAAAUCCUUGGGCAACAAAGUUUGUAAAUAUAUUUAUAUGUAAAUAUAUUCUAUAAGAUACCACGUCUUUCAUUUUGCUGUAUUCAAGGAUUGAUGUAAAUAUGUGUAAUUAAAAGUUCUCGUUUUUGUUUUAAUAAAUACUUUUUGCCAUA